AUGGAGGGGAGAAUCAGCAGCAGCAGCAGCUGGCUAUCAGCAGCAGAUGGUGGUGUUGCAGCUGCUGCUGACACAGCAGCAACAGCAGCAGCAGCAGCAGCAGCAACCCCAGCACCAGGAGAACCAUCAGCAGGAGCAGCAACAGCACCAGCAGCAACACAAGCAGCAACAGCAACAGUAGCAGCAGCAACAACAGCAGCAGAAGCAGCAGCAACAGCAGCAGCAGCAGAAGCAGCAACAGCAACAGCAACAGCAGCAAUGGCAGAAACCGAAGCAGCAACAACAGCAGCAGCAGCAGCAGCAGCAGCAGGAGCAACCGAAGGAGCAGAAGCAGCCACAGCACCGCCUGCAGCAGCAGCAGCAACAGCAGCAACAGCAGCAGCAGCAGCAGCAGCAGCAGCAGCAGCAAACAGUGGUGGUUGUGUGUUGUCUUUUAAGAAUUUAUCUUACAGUAUACAAAAAAGAGGAAGGGGGGGGAAGCUAGAAACACAGACCAUACUACACCCCAUCUCAGUCAGCAGCAGCAAGGAGACGCCGCUGCAGUUUGUGCAUAUGCUCUGCGCGCUAUGGACCCCGGGGGUAGAGGCAGCUGAGACAGAGACCCUGUCUCCUAUUCUGGGGGUUGAUGCUGCGCUGCAGCGGCAGCUGCAGCAGACAGCUUGCAGCAGCAGCAGCAGCAGCAGCAGCAGCAGCAGCAAGGAGAACACAGACACGUUAAAGAACCAGCAACAGCUCCCGGAAGGGCAGCCACAGGUGCAGCAGCAGCAGCAGCAGCAGCAGCAGCAGCAGCAGGGCGUCUCAGGUGCUGCUGCAUUGGAGGGUGCAUUGCAGGCGUCUUCUUCGGCGUCUUCAUCGCCUCCUCUGCAGCAGCAGCAGGAGCAGCAGCAGCAGCAGCAGCAGCAGCAAGAGCAGCAAGAUAAGCAGCAGUUGGGUGUUUCUGCUGGGAGUCGUUGUGUGUGGUUUGCGGGGGGUGGGGCGAGGGCUUGGGGUUUAGGGGCGGUGACCCGCAACCAAAUAGCCCACAGCGUUCGGCUGCUGCUGCGGCUUCGGUCUUUCUUGGAGCUCUCUCGCAUGCUGCUUGGUGCUGUGUCUGAGCGGGAGAGCAGCAAGCGGCUGUACAUACAGCAGCGGCGCAGCAGCCUUGCUGCUGCAUAUCCUCUUAACCCCACGGACGGCUUCGGUGUCUCCCCCCCGCAGCAGCAACACAAGCAGCAGCAGCAGCAGCAGCAGCAGCAGCAGCAGCAGCAGGCCAUGCUAGUAGAUGGAGAGACACAGAGCAGCAGCAGCGAGACUGCUGUUGUGCAUAAAGAGACGGGCUUCAGGUGCACCAACCUCUCGGAGCAGCAGCUGCAGCAGCUGGUGCAGCAGAACCUGCAACAGCAGCUUCAGGUGCACCAACCUCUCGGAGCAGCAGCUGCAGCAGCUGGUGCAGCAGAACCUGCAACAGCAGCAGCAACGACCACGGGGGCUACCCCGGGUGCUGGAGGAAGGGCUUCGACGUCCCUUAGUAGCCGCCGCCGCCGCAGCAGCAGCAACAGCAGCAGCAGCAACAGCAGCAGCAGCAGCAGCAGCAGCAGCAACUAUGAAGGGGGCGAAGAUGACUUCGGUGUUGCUGAGGGUCUCUUCGUUGAUGAUGCUGCUGACGACGAUGCAGUAAAGCAAAAAUAUUUGUCUCUGUUUGUCUUUGGGGCCCCCAGAGCUGAAGCAGCAGCAGCAGCAGCAGCAGCAGCAGCAGCAGCAACAGCAGCAACAGCAGCAACAGCAAAUGGAAAGGCGGAAGAAGACGCUGACAUACUGCCGCUGCUAAACAUUCACCAGGCUUCUGCUGCUGCUGCUGCUGCUGCAGAGCAGCAGCAGCAGCACAGAGUGCUGUGCAGCUGCUGGAAGCAGACAGGCGUAAACCCAACAGCAACAGAAGCAACUGCAGCAGCAGCAGCAGGAACAGCAGCAGCAGCAGCAGAAACAGCAGCAGCAGCUGAUGACCCUGUUGCUGCCUGUCCUGAGGCCGUCAGGAGAUACCUCGUCGGGGCAGCAGCGCUGAAGGCUCUGCAGCAGCUGCGGCUAUUCUUGGUGCAGCAGCAGCAGCAGCAGCAGCAACAGCAGCAGCAGCAGCAACAGCAACAGAAGCUGUACGGGGAUGCUGCUGCUGCUGCUGCUGCUGCAGAGCCGCCUGUAGACCGAGACGCAUCAGCGUCGUAUAGGGUGAAGGCGGCAGGAGCUCGAUCGUCAACAGCAGCAGCAGCAGCAGCAGCAGCAGCAGCAACAGCAGCAGCAGCAGCAACAGCAGCAGCAUUACCUCUGGAUGAUGAUAGCAGCUACGUUGUAGAGCUCUCUCACCUACACCCGCUGCUGUCUCCUCUUAUGCGGGACCCCGCCAAUGAAGCGCAGCUGCAGCUGCUGUUUGCUGCUGCAGCUAGUAGCUGCAGAUACAGCUGCUGGUGUUCUUUUGUUGCUGCAUUCAGCAGCAGCAGCAGCAGCAGCAGCAGCAGCAGCAACAGCAGCAGCAGCAGCAGCAACACAAACAGCAUCAUAAAUGGCUGCCGCCUAGGCUGUGGGGCUUUGUGCUGCAAUCGCUGCAUCGCUGGCGCCGCCGCCUCUCUGAACAGCCCCUCAACAGCAGCAGCAGCAGCGAUAACACCAGCAGCAGCAGCAGCAGCAGCAGCAGCAGCAGCAGCAGCAGACCGUUUAUAG